AUGGCUUACAACUGCGUCAAUCAUGUCGACAUUCUCUCCCAAUGCAACCCUCAUGCCCCCGUCCUCAAAGAACGUAUGGAGGCAUUCCAGUUAUGUUCAAAGACUAGCAGGUCAAUUCGGUGUAUCCGCCCAUGUCAGGGGCUUCAAACAAACACUGUAGACACGAGUACGCCACAGGUUCCUGUAGCCGGCCACUGCAGAAACGAGCCGUUUGCUGACGCCGAGGACGCGGGGAUGCGUCGACUGGCAUGCAUCAUCAGUUUGCCAAUCAGAUCCUUUGUGUAUAUGCUCUCUUUAGGCGGCUGUACGUUUCACGGCUUGACCGUGAGUUGA